CACAGACGGCGUGGGUCGUGGCGUCUGCUGGGAGGCCACACCAACCACUUGUUUACAUUUUUAUUUUAAAUAUUUGCAACACGUCAGCUAUCUGUUGUGGUGCAGUCGUAACAGCAGCCCCAGGACAAGUAUGUGUAGAAUGUCUGGAGUGUAGCCAGAAUUGCUGGUGAUUAGAGAAUAAUGAUAUAAAGCUGCAACAAUAGGAAAGAGAGCGCCAUCUGUCCCUCAGAGAAAGCACUCGUACUAAAACUUAAAAUGAAGGAUAUUGCUGCCGGACAGUGAUCUCCAGCGGUAACUGUUGUGAAUAAACCUCGUCAUCCACCAAGGGGAGUAAUAAUCCGGCGUGGAAGGCAAAACAGUUUCCCUAAAUUGGAAGGAGGUGCUGAGUUUUAAAGUGUGUGGUUGUGAUGGCCGAGGGUAGUGUUGGUGUGGGUGAGCCUGUGGCACACAGGACCAGGGCAGCCCUCGAGGAGAUACCCAGACCUACCUCCAUUAUCCUCCGUCACACUCAGCUAGGCAACUUGGACAAUUGGUCAGCAACAGUCAAUCUUCCAUCUUCAUACCUUUCCCCAUCGCCCUCACCAGAUGAGCUUAUCAUCCGAGGGCGGGGAAGGAGAUCACUUCCCUUGGAGUGGUCUCCCAUUCCAAUAGAGAGUCCCACUAAACGAUCAGAAAGAACUCCAAUCAAAAGGUCUCCUGGCAAGGGUAUGAUAGUGUUACGUUCAUCCCCGAGGAAAAGGCUGCAGUUGAACGAUACUCCACCCAAAGAUUUAAUGGAGAAUCGACGGAAGAUGAUACAGAUGUCUCCGAUUGUGAAGAAAUGUCGCAGCCUGACUGUAUCUCCCGUGCAGUCUCCACCUGAAGUAGCCAUUAAGGGACUGUCAAAGGACCAGCUGGUUGAUGUUCUCGUUAAUGUAAUGACUCGGCAUCCAGACCUAAAAGAUGAGAUUUCUGAUAUGUUACCACAGCCUGACCUGAAACAGAUGGAAGAGAAACUCAACUUUCAGAAGAAAUGUAUAUUCAAAUCUCUACCAAUUUCUCGCCUUGCAUCCAGGACAGACUCUCCAGCAUACAAUAAAGCUGCUCCCCAUCUUGCUAAUUUCAAGAAAAUCAUUGAAGAUCAGUGCACUCAGCUAGUGGAAGCUGAACAGUGGAUGAGUCUGGUGGACUAUACCCUCCUUGCAUGGUCUUAUGUACGUGCAACUCCCAUUUGGGACUCCAACCAACAUAACAAUUGCCGCCGAGUCUGCUUCAAAACCCUUGCACGACACUGUCUUCAGGGACUUAAAGAAGUUCUCUGGAGUCAAGAUCAACUGGAGACACUUUUGAAGAAAUUAGAGCAGUGUUCUUCAGACCAUGAGGAAAUGUCGCACUGCAUAGAGCAUAUACGAACUGUCCAAAGCAAUCAAGAAUAAGUAUGAGAAGGAUAUUAUCUGAAAGAUUUGCAGGUGCUUUAUUUUAGCUAUGGGAAAUGUGGGGGCAGAAUUUUACUUUUCCCUGUUUGGAAAGAAAAGAGCCAUUUGUUUUCUCUCUAAUUAUUUUCCUAUCAGACACCAAAUAACUUUUGAAUAAUAUGUUGUAAUGCUUAGUUUCCAAAGUUGCCAUUGCAGAAUUUGGGACAGCAAUUAUCAGAACUGUGAUUUUUCACCAAAUGCUUUUUACAUAACCAUUAGUGCAUUAGCACCUUCGUUUUGCUUUUUUCUCAGAUGAGAAGGUUUUAUACUAAUUGUCUUUGAGAUGGAGUUCAUGUGCUAUGUUGGCCUAGGGAAAUUUAUCUAAAGUCAUUUUAAAAUUAAGCCCUACAUUCUUUUAUUAGUGUGCCAUUGUACCAGAGGAGCAGCACAACUUUUACACAGUUCUUCCUUUGAACACAUGACAAUGGCAAUAUGCAUGAAAUACUGUGCAGUGUUUCACUUUGUGUGGCUUUUUAUAAACAGUUGGUUCAUCCAUUAAAUGAACUGCUAAUAUGCUUGGCCAAAAAUUUAAGAAAAUUUUGAGAUUUGUCCAUUAGCUAUUCUUAAAACUAUGUAUGAAGUUUGCCUCCACCACUUUUUCAUUGAGGUCAUUCCACUUUCCGACCAACCUGAGACUGAAGAAAUACUUGCUGACAUCUCUGUGACUUGUGUCUUUAGCUUUCAGCUGUACCCUCAAGUACCUGUUUCCCAAAUAGUCUAUAAAUUCCUCUGAAUUGAUAGGGGUGUGUUUGUGUGUCAUGCACACGCAUGGCUUGCUCACUCGCUCUCCCCUCUCUCCUCUCUCUCUCUUUUUUUUUUUUUUUUUUUUUUUUUUUUUUUUUUACACAGGGUUUGACAAGGUUAAGGAUCCCUAGCUUUAUUGACAAGCUAUUUACAGGUUAAGGGUUCCUAACUUUAUUGGCAAGCUAAGAGCUGUUACCUACAUCAGCUCAUUUGAAAGCAUUUUUAUUGUUAAGAGACAUACAAGUAGGGAACAGGAUGAAGUUGGAGCCAUCUGUGGGCCAGCAUUUUCAUUUGAUCAACUGAAUUUAUCUCGUUGACAUCAUUAUGCUGUACGAGUGUGUUCCAUACUCGAGUCAUCCUGGGUAUGUAUGAUCUCAGAUGUAGUGAUGUUCUGGAGAAGGGUACAGCCAGAGUGAAGUUGCUGCUUUCUGCCCGUCUUGUGGCAUAAAAGCUUGUUUCACGCUGUCCUCGAAGUGGAUCCAAGUGUGGUAUUUUGACAAUACAGUGGACCCCCGCAUAACGAUUACCUCCGAAUGUGACCAAUUAUGUAAGUGCGUUUGUACGUGUAUGUUUGGGGGUCUGAAAUGGACUAAUCUGCUUCACAAUAUUUCUUAUGGGAACAAAUUUGGUCAGUACUGGCACCUGAACAUACUUCUGGAGUGAAAAAAUAUCGUUAACCGGGGGUCCACUGUAUUGGCCUUGUACAUAACAGUAAGGCCACCCACAUCCCUCCUAUGUUGAAGGCUCUGCUGAAAUGACAGAUCUAUCCAGGAUGGGUCCAGGCGAGAGAUGAGACGUCUUGCUCUGUUCUCUACUCUGUCAAGCAGUCGCAGAUGAGAGGGGGGCAGGCAAACCAAGAAAGUGGAGCAUACUCAAGGUGUGAGCGUACUUGCGCCUCGUACAGGAUCUUGCAACCCCUACUGUCAAGCAGAUGCGAGAUACUGCGAAGUGCUGUAAGCUUCCUGGCUGCCUUGUUUGCAAGAUUUACUUCAUGGUUAGUUUGGAGUCAAAUUUCACCCCAAGGAUAUCAACUUCUUCUCCAGGUGCCAACACCUUCCCAUUCAUCCUUACUACUGCACCAGCAUAACCAUCAUGGUGCCUAGAGACGAUCAUCAUUUGCGUUUUCUGAGGUGCAAAUGUUACUUGCCAUCUAUUUCCCCAAGCUGAUAUAGCUCUCAGCUGGUGAUUGAUGUAGCUUAGAGCAGCUGGCAUUUCUUCUUUUGGAUAAGUGAAUGUCAGUGUACAGUCGUCUGCAUAUGCAUGUGAUUCUGGGAUGAGAUGAAGAAGGUCGUUGAAGUAGACAUUCCAUAACA